CACAGGUGAGGGGCCCGAGCGAGGCUAGACAGGUACGCGAUAUCACCCAAUACAACAUGCAGUCCGCAAGGAGAGGCGACUCCUGGUAGUUUUCCGAAACUUUCUGCUUCUGAGGACUUUUUGAGUGGAAGGGCCAUUUCCUAGGCGGUGGUGGCACUGACGGAAAAGUGGCGUGAUACUCGGAAGUGAAAAGAUCCCGUAAAAUAAUAAGAACGGUGGAGGUGAUUGUGUGAAGGGGAAAUGCGGCUGAGCAAGUCGAGGAACGUUGUGUAGAGGCGCUUCAAGUGUUGCUGUGAAAGAACGGUAGUUGGAAUCAGAAUUGUUGGUCGAUGUGGAGAACGACCGUGACCGAUCGUUUUCCGAGACUUUAGCGGGAAACUCUCCCUGAGCGAGUAGGGUGUGGUGCGGGUGGACGAAGGGCACCUCGAGCUCUCUCCUCUUGCUUGCCCAGCUGAUCCACCACAACAAAGAUGGUGGUGCCCCCGAGAGACCGUCGCACCACGGCGGGGUGGUGGGCCAUCGGCUUCCACGUCCUGGCCUUCGUCCUUAUUUGCAUCAGCAUGUUCACAACCUACUGGCUCCAGGCCGAGAACAAAGCCUAUGGCACGGCCGUAGAGAGCGUAGGCCUGUGGACGCAGUGCUUCAGGUCGUACACCACGCGGGAGGACGUGCAUAAGGAGCGCUUCUUUGUAGGGUGUCGCUGGAUCUUCGACCCCUUCACUACGGGGUAUGAGGACGUCCAGGCAGACUUGCAGUCACGUGAGUCUUUCACAUUCUUUGUUACAGUCCAGGUCUUUUACACCUUCUGCUUCACGUUGUCACUGCUUGGCGCUGGCCUCACGGGUGUUCUCAUCCUCUGUCCUGGUGAAGAUUUUGAGAAAUAUGUCUUGAAGCUAGCCUACAUUGAUCUCUUCAUCUCAUGGUUCUUUGGCUUUAUUGCUGUGAUAAUCUUUGGAGCUAUGGGUGACAACCGUGAUUGGAUGCCCCAUUGGGACCACAAUCAUCUCUCUUGGUCCUUUGGUCUCGCUGUGGUGGGUGUUGUAGCAGAAUUUGUUGCAGCUGUUCUCUUCUGGGUUGAGUACCGCAUCCAGAAGCGAAAG